GCCGAACCUGCAGGAUAGCCAUGAACGGUCCGCCGAGUCCUUCUCCAGCCCGAUGGUUCCAGGCUCUGCGCAGGACCAGGCUGGGGGAGCCAUGUUUGAAGACAUACGGUCUGGAGUGUGUGGAACUGCUGAGGAGGGCCAGAGUUGCCUUUCAAGCUGGACGCACCCUGAAGGAGAACUUCAGAAUGACUCAGCUGGAGGCUGUGCUGCGAAUGCUGGAGGAGCACGAGUGUGACUUUGUGGAUGCUCUCGGGAGGGACCUUCAUAAGCCACGCUUUGAAACUGUUGUCUCUGAGCUGAUUCUGGUCAAGAAUGAGGCUCUUCAUGCCAUCAACAACUUAAAGAAGUGGAUGCAGCCACAGCAUGUGGAAAGAAAUCUGUCCACCUCAUUGGAUGAGUGUGUGGUGAUCAGUGAGCCGCUGGGGGUUGUGUUUAUUGUGGGGACCUGGUGUAGUCCUGUUCAAAUGUGUCUGGUGCCGCUGGUUGGGGCCAUCGCAGCAGGAAACUGUGCCAUCAUUGGGCCCUCAGAGUGCGCUGCUCACACAGCAGAGCUGCUCCAUCGUCUCACUCCCUUCUACCUGGACAAUGAAUGCUUCCAUGUGAUUCUUUUAGGCACGAAUGACUUGCCUGAAGUUGUGGAACUCAAAUUUGAUCACGUUUUCUUUACAGGAAACAGAGAGGAGGGAAGCAGAAUUGCUCAGGCUGCAGCCCGCACCCUCACACCAGUCACCCUGAUUUUAGGAGGCAAGAACCCGUGUUAUGUGGACCAACACUGUGACAUUGCCACCACCGCGCAGCGCAUCGCUUGGGCGCGUUUCCAGAAUGCCGGACAGAGCUUAGUGGCUCCUGACUACAUUUUGUGCCACGCGGAUGUGAAAGCACGGCUGGUACAAGCCCUAAAGUGCUGUGUGAUGCAGUUCUAUGGUUCCGAUCCCCAAGAGUCCCGCAGCUUUGGCCGCAUGGUCAAUCUGGAGAUUUUCAACCGAUUAAGAGACACAUUGUGGAGAUCUGGCAAGGUGGCUGUGGGUGGGCAGGUGAUAGAAGCAGAGAAGUAUAUUGCCCCAACAGUUUUGACAGAGGUGUCAGAAUCAGACCCCAUCAUGCAACAGGAGAUUUUUGGCCCAGUUCUUCCUCUUCUGACUGUAAACGAUGUGGAUGAAGCAAUUGCCUUCAUUAGUAAACAAGAGAAACCUCUUUGUGUGUAUGCGUAUUCCAGCAACAGUAAGGUCAUAUCAAGACUAAUGAGCGAGACCUCCAGUGGAAGCUUUUGCUCCAAUGACUGCAUCCUUCAGAGUCUGACGGUGGCUCUGCCUUUUGGUGGUGUAGGUGCCACUGGAAUGGGUUCCUUCCACGGCCGCUACAGCUUUGAUACCUUCUCUCACAGGAAAUCAUGCCUGCUAAGAGGCACACGGUUCGAGUGUGUCACCUACCUGCGUUAUCCGCCCUACGAGGACCGCAAUCUGUCCCUAAUGACAUGGGCCAGUACCUUGUCCCAGAAGAGCCAGGGCUGGUGCCAGAUCCUGUGACUGUGUUGGAGGCCAUGUGGGACAAAGCCAUGCUGGAAUAAAACCAACUGCCCCCUAAGUCAUGAGCAGGGCUGACACCCAAGUGUGUUGUUACUGUACUGAAACAAAUAAGAGCAAAAGCCUCUGGGGUACCACUGCAUCUACCAGAGACUAUCCAUAGUAUUUGGUUAAAGUCAAUGUGUGGCAACUGUAGAACCGAUGAAAGGUUCUCUCAAGUAUUUAAAGUUUCACAUCCUAACUCAACUUAGCUGAAUGUACAUGAUGGAAACAUUACCUGUGCAACAUUAAAUAACAGGACACUUUUUUGAUGUGCAUAAGUUUAUUAUAACCCAUGAUGAUUGAACUGAGACAAAUGUGGACCUCAUUCCUAUGUAAUAAUGUAUUUACAAUAUGACUAAAGUAUCUGCAUAAAAAAA